CGCACUGUGCGGCAUAUCUCGUGCUCUGGAGAAGAGUCUCAAAAAAUUGGUAUUUAAGUAAAUUGCCAUAGCGACGAACGGUUAGAAUCAACUUGUUUGACGCGCAACGGAAGGAAAAAUACGUUUCCAUUCAAUCGAGCUCGGAGUUAGAGUUUGAUCGCUAGCAGGCAUAUUUGCAAAUUCAUCGACAGAAUGGAGGAAUACAUCGACCUGUCGGGUGAUGGAGGUGUACAGAAGCGCAUCCUGCAGGAGGGUACCGGCGACGAGAAGCCAUCGAAAGGAUGCUCCGUUUCGCUGCACUACACCGGCACACUGGACGCGGAUGGGAAAAAGUUCGACUCGAGCCGGGACCGUAACGAGCCGUUCCAGUUCACACUUGGCCAGGGUUCGGUGAUCAAAGCGUUCGAUAUGGGCGUCGCAUCGAUGAAGCUGGGCGAAAAGUGCAUCCUCAAGUGUGCCCCACAGUACGCGUACGGAAGCUCCGGUAGCCCGCCCAACAUUCCGCCGAACGCGACGCUCAAUUUUGAGCUGGAAAUACUCGGAUGGAAGGGAGAGGAUCUCAGUCCCAAGUCGGAUGCCGGGAUUCAGCGGUUUAUACUGAAGUCGGGCACGGGCAAGCGGCGACCGAAUGCGGGCGGUAUGGUCAAGAUCCAUCUCGUCGGACGUCACGAGGGUCGCGUGUUCGAAGAGCGCGAUGUCGAGUUUUCCCUCGACGAGGGAAAGGAGGUUGGCGUGGUGUCCGGCAUUGAGCUGGCGCUGGAAAAGUUCCACAAGGAAGAAACGAGCCGCUUGAUCCUGAAGCCACAGUACGCGUUCGGAGCCGAGGGUAAUGCGGCACUGGGCGUACCGGCGAACGCAACCGUCGAGUAUACGGUCACAUUGCAGGACUUCGAGUGUCUCGUCGAGCGUUCGAUGAUGUCGCAGGAGGAAAUGUUGGCCCAAGCGAAGCUGCUGCGCGAAAAGGGAACCAAGUACCUGAAGGAGGAGAAGGCCGAACUGGCCCUUAAAUUGUACGAACGUGCGCUGACCUACCUGUUCGAUCAGUCGGCGGAAGCGGAAGCUAUGAAGCUAGCCAUUUACCUCAACAAAAUUCUGUGCCUCCAGAAGAUGAAGGACCACGAUGAAGCGAAGGUCGCGUGUGUUGAAGCGCUCAAUCUGGACAGCAAAAAUGUGAAAGCCCUCUACAGGCGAGGCAUGUCGAAUUUAGCGCUGGGCGAUUUAGAUCGAGCUCUACAGGAUUUCACGGCUGUUCUGGACAUUGAGCCAGAAAAUAAGGCUGCACUGAACCAGGUGACCAUCUGCAAGCAUAAGAUCAAAGAGUACAACGAUCAGCAGAAGAAGGUGUUUGCGAAUAUGUUCACUAAAUUCGCACAAAGUGACUCUAAGAAAGCGCAGGAAGAGCAAAGCCGACAGCCGGACGUGAUGAAGCAGAAGUUUGGCGAAUGGGGCGACGACGAGCGCGAACACGAGCCGACACGCUUCGAGCAGGAAAACCCGGACGUGAUCAUGUUGAACGACCUGCACAAGCAGUUCCGCAACAUGUAAAAUCUCGAAAUGCAGUACGGGUCCGUUAUCCAGACUAGCAGCGGACACUACAACAACAGCGUGUGCAUUUAUUUAGUGCGAUGUGGUAUGAUAUGGUACUACGGUUUGUCUUAGGGAACGCGCAAGUGAACAUCCGUUUCGUUUCAACGUUUCCUAUUUUUUAUACAUUCUUAAGAAGCUUACUG